AUGGCAGGGCUAUAUCCAUGGCUGGUACUGGCUGCAGCCAUGCUUGGCCUCAUGCUGCUGAGCUACAUCAUCUAUCACUACUUUGUAGAUCCGGAAAAGUCAUACUUUCUGGCCAUGGUGACUGUGAUUCUCUCUCUAACAGUGGGGAUUUUGUGUACUUUGAUUAUUCCAGUUGACAUUUAUGUCAUCUCAGAAGGAAACAUCACUUCUGAGUCUUUGCACGUGACCAUCUCGCAGGACCAUGUGCGUGAUGCUUACUUGGUUUUGUUUUCAUCACUUCUCUUCAUUGCGUUCUUCUUGGUACCCUAUGCGUACUUCUACGGUGAGGAAAAACCUCCGCUCCGUGAUGAUCCAUUCUUGGAGAAGUCUCAAUGUUGGAACGCAAUGCGCUCCACUGGGUUCUUCGUUGCCUUUGUAGUAGCUCUUCUCAUCAUCAGCCUAAACUUUCGUCCCGGUCACAAAGAGAGCCUGGACCGCGCCCUACAAAGUGAGGAAAGCGCCGUGAGGUGGCUGAAUGAUUUGCUGGAUGUUCAGCACAGAGGAUUGAAUGCAAUCUCCUUUGCCAUUGCGUGCUUGACGCUAGCUGGUGUGCUUGGCUGGGCCAUGUAUACAGCUUAUGGCCUUGCUGCCAUGCCUUUUGACUGGAUCAGGGGAAAGCAGACUCCCUCUGAGCAGCGUCACGAUGUGGAAACCUCCAUCGCCAGCAUACGCGAUCGGUACCGUUCCAUCCAGUCCCGUUAUUCCGCCCGCGAAGAUGGGUCGCUGGACCUUUCGAGGAUGAAGGCUGCCGACAGAAGAGAGUUGAGCCGUUUACAGCGGGAACACAAGAACCUGAUGCAGCACAACUACAGGCUGCAAGAGGUGGAGCACCGGGCUGGCACUUGCAUUCCCCAGCUGCUGCGAUGCUUGAUUCCUUUCCGGUUGCUCAUAGGUGCAGUGAUGAUGUCGCUGAGCCUUCUGGUGGUUUUUUCCCUGCUGUUAACCUUGGUGGAUCGCUGGUUGCAUUCUCCUUGUGGAUGGAGCUGCGGCUACACCCUGCAGGAGCGUCGCAUCUACAACCCAGCCGACGAGGUCUACUUGCGCCUUUCGCGCGUUUUUCCAGUUGAUUUUGUUUUUCUCAGCCUCAUUGUUCUGUACAUUUUUGCUGCUACUCUCUUCGGCAUCAUCGCCUUGGACAUUCGCUUGCUGUGCAUCAGUGUCUACACCUUGCGGGCGCGGAAAUCCGCACCCCAAGCCUUGCUGGUGAUGUGCAACACCAUGGCUUACAUCUUGCUGGCCCUCUGUGUUGCCCUCCUUACCAUAGCUCCAGACUAUACGGCCUUUGGGUCUCAAAGACCAAAGAGUGGAUCCAAUGCAUCUCGCUGCAGUCUUGGAUCUGUCAAUGAAGACCAGAGGUACCGUUGCCAGGUAUCAGUGAUUGCCACGUUCUUUACACAGAUUGCCUUGUCCAUGCCAAUCUUCUCCAUCGCCUACUUCUUGGCGAACUGGGCUUUCAUCGCCGUCUUCGUAUUUGUCUUUGCUCGAGGCUUGCUCUUCCAGAGGCGGCAGCCCUUCCUGGAUACUGCCGUGGACAGAGCUGGGGGUUUGAAGGAGGGGGGCUGUGAAGAAGUGCUGAAAUGGGUGCAGAUAUUGGUGGAGUUACAAAGCUUGCUGGCAGGUAUCACCAUCACCUCUGCUGCCACUUUCUGCUCGUGGAGAGCUGACGACAAGGACUUUCACAUGAACUUGAUUGACACGCCUGGCCACGUUGAUUUCACUAUUGAGGUCGAGCGGGCUUUGCGCGUCCUGGAUGGAGCUGUUCUGAUUUGCUGCGGUGUUGGAGGGGUCCAGAGCCAAACCAUCACUGUUGAUAGACAGAUGAAGCGAUAUGAGGUGCCUCGUGUGAUCUUCAUCAACAAGCUUGAUCGUUAUGGCUCGGACCCCUUCUUGGUGCUGGGACAGAUUCGAAAAAAACUAGGUCUCACUGUUCAGCCUGUUCAGCUGCCUAUUGGGGAGGAGGACAACUUCAAAGGUAUUUGUGAUUUAGUGUCCCAACAAGCCAGCUUUUUCGAGGGCAAGGAUGGUAUCAGUCGACGCUUUGCCGAGAUCCCCGACAAUAUGAAGGAGAAGGUAGCUGAGCAUCGAGCAAAUCUCCUGGAGACCCUUGCCGAUCUUGAUGAUGAGUUUGCAGAGGUGUAUCUCGAGAACGAGGACGUGCCAGAAGAUGCCAUCCAUGCCGCCAUCCGUCGAACAACCAUUGCGCGGACAUUUUGCCCCCUGUUCAUGGGCUCUGCAUACAAGAACAAGGGAGUUCAGGAUCUGCUGGAUGGUGUUUGCCGCUACCUGCCUUCGCCCUUGGACAAGAAGAACAUUGCCUUGAAUUCAGAGGACGAAGAGCAGACAGUAGAGCUCUCGAACAAGACACAGGAUCCAUUGGUGGGCUAUGCCUUCAAGAUUCAGGACCAUCCAUUGGCAGGGCAGGUCACCUACAUGCGGGUGUAUCAAGGCAAGGUGGGAAAAGGCGACUCCAUCGUCAAUAUGAUGAACAACAAGAGGAUUUCUGUGAAGCGACUGGUGCGCAUGCACUCCAAUGAGAUCAAGGAUGUCAACGAGGCAGGUGCUGGAGAUAUCGUUGCACUCGCCGGUGUCGACUGUGAGUCUGGUGUGACCUUCACUGACGGCAAAGCCAAGGUGACGUGCAGCUCGAUGUUCGUUCCCGAGCCAGUGAUGUCCAUCUCAGUCACAGCCUCCAGAGAUGACCAAGCACGAUUCCAGAAGGCUCUGAAGCGUUUUCAACGGGAGGAUCCAACGUUCCAAGUCGAAGUGAAGCAAGAGACGAAUGAGACGAUCAUCUCUGGAAUGGGUGAACUUCACUUGGAAGUCUACUGUGAGCGAAUGCGACGUGAAUUCAAGGUUCUGGAUCCAUGUGAGGAGAAGUCCCCAGCGGCUCGUGAAGGAUUCUUGGGAUGGAUCCGCUCCUUGAGCUUUCGAAGAUCGGUGAGUGAGAACAGCGAGGCGAAUGAGGAUCCGCCCGUUGAAUGUCCAGAACUAGCACCAUACCCUCUGUCAGAAGACACUAAGGACAACCAGUGCUCCUUCCUACUGCAAGGAAAGGAAGGUGAUGAGGACAGGCCCCGCUGCUGGUUGUUCCUGUUAGCCUUGAAUCCCUUCGGCGGUCGGCAGAUGAAGCAGCUCUUGGAUGAAGCCAAGGAAGUUUGCUCUCAGUGUCGGCAAUCCUUGCUUCUUCAUCGGGGAGUGUACAUGUGUGGCGAGAGGCGUAUUUUGUUGACCUUCUCCAACAACGACUGCAAAAACUCGUGGCUUAGAUGCGGUGAAUGCAAAUCGAAGUGGACAGUGCCUCAAGAGCGUCUUCUGCAGAUGCCAGCAUCCAUGUUCUUUUCUCUUUUGUGGUUUUGCCAACAUGAAUUACCCUGCGGCCAUGACUUUGCAAAUAGCUCCUGGGAGAUUGGGAAUGCAGUGCUGGAAGUCAAGAUGGUCGAAGCCUUGCACCUGGAACUCAGAGGUCCUCAGGUGGUGCCCAACAGCCCUGACUGCAACAAGCAGACCGAGACUUCGGCCUUGAAGGAAAAACUGAGCGCUGUGCUUCAACGGGCUGAAAAGCUGGUUGAGUCACACCUCAGCAACGUGCUCAGAGACUUUCGGCAGGUUGGUCCAGGUGGCCAAGUUCCAAAUAGGAAUGCCUGGUUUUGGAACCAAUCCGAUGAACGAGCGCUGAAAUGUGCACUCCGAAGUCGUUGUUUGUUGGAGGCUUCGUCCAUUCUGAGGCGCUGCGCUACCAAAUUGCAGGCGUGGCGAACAGAUGGAACUCGCCUGGUGGAUUUGGGCAUUACUUGCCACCUGCACAACUGUUUAGAGGAGUGUUAUCAGUUGUUGGAAGAUGAUCUCGAGAAACCUUCGGCCGACUCAGACUCAGAAGAUGACACCUUUCAUGCGGAUCCUCCCAGUCAAGCUGGUGGGAGCCGAAUGAGCCUCGAGGUGAACUCAGCACGGGGACUUUUACCCAAAGUCAUUGCCAGGGGCAAGUUGACACGCCGCUGCACGGACAUUGGUUUCGCGAUGCCCAAGCGUGACCGAGCCCGGUCUUUGUCUGCCCCCCCAAAGUUUGGAAUCCAAGAGGAGCAGAAAUGCAAAGAUGAGGCGAGGUCACUGGAUGAUUCUUCACUGGAAUCUCUCCUACAUGUUGGUGUUCCAAGGCUUGCCUCUAUGGAUCCCCGCAAUAUCUUGAAGCGAUUCUAUGCAUCUCUGGUGGGUGAAGGGAAGAAUGAUGCUGGAGACAUAGAGCAGCCCGGGUGCUUACGAGUGAUUUCUGCUACUUCCACCGGAGGUGACCCAUUGGACACAUGGCCAGUUCUGUGCGCAGAACCGCGCAGGCUCCUUGAAAGCACAGGUCAGUCGGAGACUUACAGCCUUUCGGUACCUUGUGGUGUCCAAGGUAUGGCAAUUCCACUCCCAGGAUCUCUGGCGCAGACUGACGAUUUGGGUGCAGUGAUUGCCCACGCCUUGCUCUCUUUGCAGCAUUGGGAGCAGCUCAGACCGCGGUUGGCAGGUCAUUGUUUGGUAGACGAGCUUGAUGAUGACCUCUGUGUGGCGCACUGUCCUGAGAGGCCAAUUGAUUUUGCUUCCAUUGAUGGAGAAGAAAGUGUGAUUCGGAUCGCGGUUCAGGCACCGGAUGGAACUCGCUGGCAAGUGGAGGCUUUAGCUCCACUCCGUUUCCAUCUACUCCGACACCUGGCCUUUGGCAAUGAUGCCAACUUCUGUGAGAUGCUGCGCAGAUGUCGCCCACACAGCACCAGUGGGGGCAAGAGUAAAGGUGCCUUCUGGAAGUCCGAAUGUGGCCAGUUGAUGCUGAAGGAAGUCCGUGCAGCUGAAGCCAGUCACCUUGCCAGUAAGGCUGGACCUUUUGCUGUCAGGCUGGCUGAAGCCUUGAGAGGUGAGCCAUCCCUACUCUGCGAAGUCUUCGGGCUCUUCAGGGUCGGCAGACUUGGGAAGCGGCCAUCAACUCGUACCAUCAUCAUCAUGAGGAAUUUGUUGAACGGCAUCACUGACGACUGGCAGAUCUUCGACAUCAAAGGUGCUGCACAUCGAAACAUGCCACCAGCUCCAUCGGCGGAUCCUGAAGCUUCCACGGCCCCCUCCAGCCCAUCAGCUGUGAAAUGGGAUGGGGGAUUUGUGGAAACUUUUGGAGCACUGCCCAAGGUUUUAAAGCCUGUAGAUCAUGAAGCCUUGGAACUGGCCUUGAAAUGUGAUCUUCAUGUGCUACGAGAACUGGGAUUGGUGGACUAUUCUUUGUUGAUGGCUUUCCAUCCAAAGGCCAAUCGAAUCAGACUGGCCAUCAUCGAUUUCUUGCAGCCGUAUACGCUCAACAAGCAGCUGGAGUCGACCAUGAAGAAGCUGGUCCAACGGCACGAACCGACCAUUGUGGAGCCCGUGCAAUAUGCAAAGAGGUUCCAUGAGUUCAUUCGGACAAUCACCAGCAAGACGACGUAUGACUACACUCACAAGCGACAAUCUGGUGGCCGAGGGCAAUAUGGCAAGGUGAUUGGCUACUUUGAGCCAAUCCCAGAAGAAGAACACAGUGACAAGGACGGAAUCACCUUUGUGAACAAACUCGUUGGAAACGACAUCCCUCCAUCAUACGUGCCUGCCAUCGAGAAGGGCUUCCGAAGUGCAACCCAGAAGGGACUUCUGACAGGCAGUCCUCUCAUCAACAUGCGCUGUGUCUUAGAGGAUGGAGCAGCCCAUGAGGUGGAUUCUUCCUCUGAAGCGUUCCAAGCAGCUGCCCUGGGAGCUUUUGAAAACUUCUAUCAUGAAGCCAAUCCAGUGGUGCUGGAGCCACUAAUGGCAGUGGAAGUGACAUUUCCUUCGGAGUUCCAACCACAGACGUUGCAGACGAUCAACGGCCGUGAAGGUUCCAUCCAGAGCACGAAGGCUGUCUCAGCAGAUACGUCCUUAGUGGAG